UUCUUUGAUUGGUGUUGGAGCAUACCAUCAAUUCUUCAAUGCUGUCAGCGAAAACAUAUAUGAGGUAUUGUCAAGCAGUGAGUGUGGUGAUGUUUGUCUCCCAGCUGUGAAUGAUCCUUAUUGUUUGGCCCAUAUGGGUGAGGGACACUCUGUUUCUUUCGUUGUGCCUGAAGAUGGUGAUAUGAAAGGAAUGAUUUUGUGUGUUGUUUAUUUAUCAACUCCUAAGAUCAUUGAACCUGAAUUUACUACUGUCGUAAUUGUUAAUUACACAAAGUGUACAUUCCACAUACACAACCAUGGCACAGUCAUUUCCUUUAAAGAUGAAGAUUGGCAAGACAUAAUGUCAAAUUUAGAAUCUGGAGACAAUGUGGAGAUUUUUGCGAAUUUCGGCAAUGGAUUGGCGGUCAAGAACACCGCUGUGUAUCUGAUAUGUGGUGAAUCAAAGAACAUGAAAAAAACGUUUGAGGCAAAGAAACAUGUCUCAUUAGAUUCGUAAAGAAAGUUGUAAUGUUACUUCUCAUAAGUCAUUUAUGUUCUUUGAGAACAGCAUGAUCACUUUAGUGAUGGAAAUAAUCCUAUUGUUCUUG